CGUCAAUCCUGUCAUCCGAGCGCAUUUGAGUUUGUGACCAACCCACGAUGCUGUUCCAUGCCUUGGAGUGGUUGAACGCGCAGCGCAUUGUGCUGGCGAGCGGAUCGCCGCGUCGUUCAGAGCUCUUGUCCAUGCUGCGGCUGAGCUUCACGGUGAACAAAUCGCAAUUUGACGAAAAGUCGCUGAACAAGAGCGACUUUGCCACGCCGGCCGCCUUUGUACAAACAAACGCACUGCGGAAGGCAGAGGAAGUUGCAGAACGCAUGAAGAACGAAUUUGAUCUCAUCAUCGGAUCGGACACUGUCGUGGUUCAGGAUGACCGCAUCUUGGAGAAGCCAGAGUCAGAUGAGGCCGCGGCUGAGAUGAUCCGCCAUCUUGCCGGGAAAACGCAUUACGUCGCCACGGGCGUGGCCCUCAUCUUCCACAAAGACGGAGAGACGGUGCAUGAGACGUUCUGCACACAGACGGACGUGACGUUUGCCCACCUGACCGACGAGGAAAUCCGCGCCUACGUCGCAACAGGGGAUGGGCACGACAAGGCUGGGGCGUAUGGGAUCCAGAGCUGCGCGGGGGCGCUGAUCGAGAGCAUUCAGGGCGACUACUACACGGUUGUUGGCCUCCCACUGCACGCGCUAUGUAAACGCCUUGUCGCUUGGGCAGAUGGCAGCACGUGAUAUGUGAUACGAUGGCACGGAAUGAGGUGCGG